AUGGCUGCAAUCGGACGCGCCAAAUGGAUGCGCGCAGGAUUCAUCACAGCAAUCGUCUUUUUUGCAGAAGCGCCAAAAAUAAUGGCUAUCCGACAGGUUACUGGGAGUAGUAUGAAGCCAACCCUCAAUCCAGAUAUUUCGACCACGCGAGACUACGUCUUCAUCAACAAGACACCCGUCACAUUCCUCGCAUAUCAGACUCUCAAGCGUGGAGAUGUUGUGUCUAUCCGCUCGGUCGAAGAGCCAAGCCAGGUCAAUGUCAAACGCAUCAUUGCCCUACCAGGAGAUCGUGUCAUUACCCGGGACGCUCGUAAUCGACGAGAGGUCACGCCCCGCAAACUCGAAAAGCAACCUUCGCCCCGACCGUCACGAACAGAAUCGCCCCUCUUCCAGCGCGCUGCCUCUGGGCACCGUGAAGACUCGCGCAUAAUGCCUACGAUAAUGCCAAACAGCGAUCCUGCGAGCCAGUACACCCUCCUCAGCAAGCUGGGCACCGGCAGCUUUGGAACGGUCUACAAAGCUAUGCACAACGAGUCCAAGCAGAUUGUCGCUAUCAAACAGAUUGAUCUUGAGGACUCGGACGACGAUAUUACGGAAAUACAACAAGAAAUUGCACAUUUGGCUCAAUGUGACUCCGAGUACGUCACCCGCUACUACGGCAGCUUCGUAAAAGGCUACAAACUUUGGAUAAUUAUGGAAUAUCUCGCUGGUGGCUCUUGUCUGGACCUGCUCAAACCUGGCGUGUUCUCCGAAGCCCACAUCGCCGUCAUAUGUCGGGAGCUUCUAUGUGGACUCGAUUAUCUUCAUUCAGAAGGGAAAAUCCAUCGAGAUAUCAAGGCAGCCAAUGUCUUACUGUCUGCGUCCGGAAAAGUCAAGUUGGCGGACUUUGGCGUCGCGGCCCAGCUAUCGUCGACGCUGAGACAUACGUUCGUCGGAACACCGUUCUGGAUGGCCCCAGAAGUCAUUCGUCAGGCCGGCUACGAUCACAAAGCUGAUAUUUGGUCGCUAGGAAUCACAGCAAUUGAAAUGGCCAAGGGAGAGCCUCCAUUGGCUGAGUAUCACCCAAUGCGAGUUCUCUUCCUCAUUCCAAAGGCAAAGGCACCAGUCUUGGACGGCCCAUUCUCCCCAGCCUUCAAGGAAUUUGUCUCCCUUUGUCUCACCAAGGAUCCGUCACAGAGACCCUCUUCAAAGGACUUGCUGCAACAUCGCUUCAUUCGGAUGGCGCGUAAGACGAGUUCUCUCACUGAGCUCAUUGAACGAUAUCAAGAUUACUCCGCGCGCUCGCCAGGCAAGGCGGCGCAAGCUCAACAGGGUGUUGAUGCGACGGCAAACGGCCGAGAGACAUGGGGCGCAAAUUCGACACUUCGUAGCGGAUGGAGUUUUGACACUGUGCGGACAGAUGCCAUGGGCACCUUUCGUACAAACAUUCAAGAUCUUAUGGGUGCUGGACAUGGAAGUAGGUUUGGCACCAUUCCCGAUGAUGAGGUCAGCGUCUACUCCAGUGCAUCUGUUCGGGGAAGUGGGAGUGAACAAUCUGGUGGCGCUAAUGGCAUUGGCAUCAACCAAGGCGCAUCUCAUUCGACAGUUGUGAUCAAACCCUUACCAGGUUCGCCGUCAAAAGACACACCCGAUCUAAUCACCUCUGGGUCUUCAAGUGCCUCCACCGAGACUAACGGGGUAGAGCCCAAGACACCUGUAGAUGCGAGCUCUGCUCCCCCUCCCGCAUAUCCAGGCAUCCAAAAAGCUCUAGACGUUCGUCGUGGUCGGCACGGAACGAUCCAAAUGGCUCAAUUGUCCGAGCUGCCGAUCUUGGGAAUGGCUCCGAUACCCUUCGACCUUUUAAACGCUGUCAAGGCAAAGGAGGACGCAAGUCCCGUUAGCCCAACUAGUCCGACUAGCAAUGCAUCGAACUCGCAUAAAAGGACGCAAAGCGAGCAUAUGCGAGCAGGAACGGCCAUGGUCGGAGAGGUCAUUAUUCCCACUAUCCAGAACUCUAUUCGGGACGACAUGGACGCACGAGAGCUCGAAGCGCUAAGCAUGCUCUCUCGAGGCUUCAUCGAACUCAAAGAGGCAAAUCCAGAGCUAGCUUAUAACCUCGUUCUUGACAUCUUAUCUGGUAUAAACGAUAAUCAAGCCGUGCGACAGCACAUCUCAACUACUCGCGGGCUGUUCCCGCAUCGUCGUAUCCAGCGCAAUACUCAAGUAACUCCAAAGGGAGUCGUUGUGAUCGAGCAGGAAGAUCCCGAAGAACGACCCGAGCCUCCAGCGUCUCCUCCGCCACGCCCUCCCAUUUCUCCUGCCAGGUCCAGAGGAGCAAGUACAUCCAAUCUUUCAAGCAGUAGCGGUCCAAAAGACGAAAAGAGGAGCCCAAUCUCGGAGUUACUAUACAUGCGAUGGCUGGAGGGACUCAAGAUGAAGUGGCCAAGUCUACUCUGA